UCCACACUUCGAGCUUCUCUCAUCCCCCGUAUAACCUCGCUCCUCCGCCCAACACUCUCAUCACCUAUCCCCUCCGCCCUUUUACCACACAACUCCCCUCUCGACCUUGGACAAGUCCGAUUCGGAUCAAAAGGUGGAAACACGUAUCAGCCUUCACAGAGGAAACGGAAGCGCAAGCAUGGAUUCUUGAGCAGAAUCAAGACGGCAAAGGGGAGGAAAAUUCUCACGAGGAGGAUGGUGAAGGGCAGGAAGUUUUUGAGUCAUUGA